AUGUCGUACCUCGAAGAAUUGUUCGGCCUGAAGGGCAAGACCGCGCUGUACGUCUUUCCCCCUCUUCCCGUUCUGCCCCUCGCGCUCGCUAUCACCGGAGCGACCCGCGGCAUCGGCGCCCGUAUGGCUCUUGCUCUAUCAAAAGCAGGCGCAGAUAUCAUCCUCGUCCAGCGGAACGACACCAACACGGCCACGAAAGAGCUUUUGGAGAAGGAGGGCGGAGGGGGCAAGGCAGAUAUUGUGGUGUGCGACCUGAGCAGUAAGGAGGAUGUUGGCGGGUUGAUUGCGAAAGUGACGGGAGAGAUGGGGCGGGUAUUGGAUAUCGUGGUCAACUGCGGUGGUAUUCAGCGCAGACACCCCGUCGAGAACUUCCCAGAUGACGAUUUCCAAGAGGUUCUUCAAGUCAACAUGAACACUGUGUUCCAGAUCACUCGGGACGCCGGACGACACAUGCUCAGUACACGAGGCGGGGUCGCGGGCGAGCCUGUUCCGCAGGGAGGCGCAAAUGGGAACCCCAGGGGCUAUGGGAAGAUCAUCAACAUCUCGAGUUUGGUAGCUUACCAGGGCGGUCUCAACGUCGUCGCUUACGCUGCGGCGAAGCAUGGUGUUCAGGGGAUGGUCAAGUCCUUCUCGAACGGGUGGGCGAGCAAGGGGGUUUGCGUGAAUGCUAUCGCUCCAGGGUACAUUGCGACCGACAUGAACGAAGCCCUCAUUGCCGACCCCGUCCGUUCUCGCCAGAUCCUCGAGCGUAUACCUGCCGCUCGAUGGGGAACACCUACCGACUUUGAAGGCGCGAUCGUCUUCUUGGCCAGUAAGGCGAGUGACUAUGUCAGCGGAGAGUGUCUGGUUGUUGACGGUGGAUGGAUGGGCAGUGGGUUGCUUCGUCUCCUCGUGUUAUGA